UCCUAUAAGCGAAAACGAACUCUUUUCCUGAGUUAUUUUCGGAGCAUUUUUUUCUGUCAGCCCGCCAUUUUGCCUAUUAGCUGUUCAUCAUCCCAUGAUCUGUGAAUGCUGCCAAGUUUUGAAACGAGCUCAUGGGCGCGCUCUCACUCAAAAUGAAGGAGUUUCGCAUCUUUUUAUCUAUGUUAUUAUCUAUGACUGAAUUAAACGACGCUUUGAGCUGAGAACGACGGCGCAAAUUUUAAAAAUAAUUUCACUGCCGAAUGAAGAAAUAAAGAAGAAAGAAUUAAGUUUGUCGAGUGAGAAAUUCACGGGUGUAUAGAUGUUAAUUAAACUGACUGGUCACCGCAAGUUAUACUUAAAUAAUAAAACAGCGCAGAGCCGAAUGAAAUAUCCAUUAAUUUAACUGGAGUUCCAAAAUAGCGUGGUGACCAUAGAAUUAAAAAAAAUACUUUAUUAAAUUAAGGAGUUAAGUGAUACCAGAAAUUUAACCAAUCGACGUAAAUUAAAUCGUGCCUGUAUACGAAAUUUGUCCGAAAACACGAAUACCGCUUUGAAUCGAUCGUAAGUGAGAAAGAGAGACAAAAACGAGCAGUACAUAAAAAAGGAUCAUUUGACAAUGGCGACUUUCCACAUACAUGAAGAUGCAGAGAAGGAGAAUCCACAAAUUCCUGCGGUAUUAAAGGAAAAAACCCUGGGUGCCGGCGGCAAUAGAGGGAAUCCCUUUCAGCCUUCUGUACUUGGGGGUGCCUUUCUGCCAAUUAAGGGAAAGCAGAUUGACGGUAUGGGGCGCGCUAACAUGGCAGUGCUAAAUGCAAAUUCAAAUAACGGACAUGGACGCAAGGCAGCUGGUGGUAUGGUGGGUAGCAAAGUGGCGUUUCGAGAGGUUGGGAAUGCAAAUAUACACAAUGAUAAUACCGCAAUAUUAGCAGCAGCGGCAACAGCGCGUACAGAGGUUACACAAGAAGAAAAAGAAAAUAAUUAUAUAGUCCAGCAAAAUUGUCUUAACAAAAAUAACUUUAGUGAUGCUUCACAAAAAGGAAGGGUUUACGCUGACGAUGAAUGCGUUCUUGAAUCUACGCCAAUGUCUGUGUCCGAAGUGCUGUCGCCGAUGUCCGUAGAUCGUUCCCUAGCUGAUAUUACUCAACAAUCCGAGGUGUUUGAGGAUAACAAUGACGACAGAAAAGUCGCUGAUUUAACUACCGAAGCGGAGGAACGAGAACGACGCCUCCUCAUUCCUCGUAAUAAUCGACAACGUUUCUAUGAAGUUGUGGAAUACCAAAGAAAUAUCUUGGAAUAUUUCCUUGAAAGUGAGAAGAAACGUCGACCUAAACCGUACUAUAUGCGUCGCCAGGCUGAUAUCAAUCAUUCAAUGCGCACAAUUCUCGUGGAUUGGCUGGUAGAAGUGUCCGAGGAGUACAAUUUGGAUACAGAAACUUUAUAUCUUUCCGUAUCGUAUAUUGACCGUUUCCUUAGCCAAAUGUCAGUAGUGCGCAGCAAAUUGCAGCUGGUUGGUACAGCAGCCAUGUUCAUUGCAUCAAAAUAUGAGGAAAUUUACCCACCAGAUGUCGGCGAAUUCGUGUUCAUUACAGAUGAUACCUACAACAAAGCACAAGUUUUACGAAUGGAACAGAUUAUUUUAAAAAUUUUAGCAUUUGACUUGUGCACACCGACGGCUUACGUGUUUGUCAACACUUAUGCUACGCUGCUAGACAUGACAGAUAGACUCAAAUUUCUGACUCAAUAUAUUUGUGAAUUGUCACUUCUGGAAGCUGAUCCCUAUUUGCGUUUCGUACCGUCGUUGAUAUCUGCUGCUGCCCAUGCAUUGGCAAGACAUCUGUUGGAUUACACGAUUUGGACAGUUGAAUUGGAAGAAUUAACAUCGUACUCUUUAGAAGACCUCAAAGAAGUACUCUUGCACCUCUGCAAAUCACAUAAUGGUGCUACAAAACUAGCGCAACAGGCCAUACAAGAAAAAUACAAGGCCGAUAAAUAUAAAAAGGUAUCUACAAUCAAACCUAUUGAACUGGAUGAAGAAGCAUUCGAAUUUAUUUUACGCAAAAACAAUGAAUUGAUUAGCAGGGAAGAAAUACACGAAAAGCCCGCAUUGGGGAUAAAUAACGAACAUAUACGGCGGACGGUCUCUCUGAUGUUCAAUUGAUCCAAAUCAGAUGAGAGGACACAUCUCAAUACCUACUUUAAAAGGUUUUUGUGUUUGUUGAGAAACGCUUAAUAGUCUUUGUUCAUAAUUUAUGUUUUCUUUUAUAUUUUUGUUUGUGUUAAGGGAUGGCUAAAUUUUCAAGUCAAGCAUAUUUUCUCACGUCGUAAAACUUUAAUUCGAAAAUUAAACUUAUAUAUGGUUGAUGUAGUCUCAACACAAAAAUAUAAGGAAUUUAAAUGAAAAUGUGAAAAAUAAGCAUGCAACUACGUCAAUCAUAUUUAUUUAUAAUUUACGCGACAUGUAUACAAACUGACGCAUUUGCUGUAGUAUAAUAAUAUAUCUAUUCUUUCUUUCUUUUCUUCUAUUUAUUAAAAACAAAACAAUUUUCAGUUGUUCCCGCCAAUCCUUAUCCGAAAUAUCAUAUGAAAUAGUUUGUCUUGAUUUUUAGCUGUAAAUUUUUAUUUUUAUUAUAAGUUGUUAUUUAUAUUUUUGUAUUUUUAUACGAUUUUACUUUCUUACAUAAUCACAACAAUUUUAAAAAUUCGCGAAGAAUUAGUAAUCCGCACUGGAUUAGUAACCCGAUUUCGUAAACAAAAUAUGAGCUUAUUAGAUACUGUAAUGCAUAUACAAAAUUGCAAAUAUUUAUGUAAUGUCGCAAAGGAGAUAUGCCCACUAAGAUAAUAUAUUUAAGAAUUCUGACAUACAUUAGUGCACAGCUCUUUUGAAACAUUGAAUGCUUGUAAUAUGCGUUGAAUUUUUUCUAGAUUAUCCAUUAAUAAUCUCACUAGUAAAAAUUUGUUCGAGUUGGUCCAAUGUUGGCAAGCGAUUUGCAUAGGCUUGAUCUUUGAAAAUGUGGAGCAUACAGCUAGGGUAGUAUGAUUUUUCCACGAGGUUUUGUUAUGGCAUUUGGUACUUGGACACAACCGAUCGUGUAAUUAUUUUAUUAAAAUGUUUGGCUCUGUUUAUAAUAUUUUGUUUAUCAAAAAAUAAUAUUGUAAUAAACAAACCAACUGCACUAAGGCAUAUACAUGUAAUGCUAGCUAUUUUUAAAAUAAUAAAUAUAUUCAGUCAAAUAUGUAAAAUAA